UGCUUCACACUUUAUUCUUCCACCUGAAGUUGCAGCUGCAGAGCGCUUGGCGGAUUUCAUGGACCUGGAGCAUCUUCAGGUUUCACAGCUUUAGGUGUCCGAAUAAACAUAAAGCACCAUGGAGGAAUCGGGAGUUCUCCAGAGCGAGCAGGAAAUCAGUCUGAUUGACAUCUUGUGGAGGCAGGACAUUGAUCUGGGUGUGGAACGCGAGGCAUUUGAUGUCCACUUUCAGGAGAGAGAGUUGGAUGCACAGAGAGCAAGGGUUCAAGAAGAAGAGAGGAAGAAAAGAGAGAGUGAACUGGAGGAGAGGGUUAUGUUAGCACUUAGGAAAAUGGACAAGGAAACUGGAGAAAUCCUCCCACAGAACGUUCAGGGGGAUGACUCCACCAGUUUUAAUCCAGGCUUUGAGCUCAUGACCGAGGCCUUUCUCUCAGGACAGGGUUCUCCCAUUACCCAGAAUCCUCUGCUGUCUGCACUGCUCCUCUCUGAGAAGCCACCCCCUGACAAAGAGAAAGCUUCUAUUGAGCUGUUGGCUUUGCCUGAUCUGCAGCAUUAUCUGGAUGCCCUGGAAGCUCAUGUUCCUGAAAGCCAGCCUGAGCUUCUAGAGAAGAUUAUGGACAACAGUUAUGGACAUCAGUUGCAUGAGCCACCAGAGGACAAUACAGUAUUAGAAACAGUUUCUGGCCCACAUGUGCUUGCACACAUCCACUCUGGCUGUGCUGAGAUUAUGGAAACGCCAGAGUAUGCAGUUUCUCAUAGUGGUAAGACAACUCAACCUUUACCACAAAUAAUUCCUGAAGCACCAGAAAUCGAACAACCCUUUCUAGAUACAGAGGACUUCACCGAAUCAUUCUUGGACACAAUUAUGAGCACAAAUCCUCCCGAGAACCUAAACCAGAGAUUAUUUCAGCUUAGCUCAGAUUUAAACACUCAAGAAGAACUGUUUCCAGAGCUUGAAAACAUUAUUGAACCUGAACAUUCACUAUGUCAGCAUGUGUCUGUUCAAAAAGACUCAUCUGGUUCCACAUGCGACAUGACUUUGUUCAGCCUGGAAAGCUUCAGCGAACCCAUAGAUCUGGACCCGUCUCUAUACGCAGAUGACGCAUUUAUCACUGUCCAGCCAGAAGCUGAAGAAGUUAGAAGGAGCCAGUCAGAUCAAAUAGAGCUGUUUGAUUUGUCUGUUCUUUCAGAUGUGGUGGAUUUGCAACCAUCAGAGACCAGUUCACAACAUCUAACGCAAGUCGGAACACUUUUACACACAGAUUCUCUUUCAGUCCACUCAGAAGAUCUCUUUGAGACUGAAGCAACCACAAGUUCCUUGUGCGAGAUCACAACAUCUUCCCAGUCACCACAGGGUCAUCGCAGCUGGAGCGUGUGUCGUGACGAAGAGCGUGCUAGGACUUUGCUCCUCCCUCUGAGCGUGGAUGACAUCAUCACCAUGUCGGUGGAUGCCUUUAACGAGGCCAUCAGCACUUAUGAGCUCAACGAAGGUCAACUCAGUCUCAUGAGGGACAUCCGCAGGCGGGGCAAGAACAAGAUGGCGGCCCAGAGCUGCCGCAAAAGAAAGUUGGACAGCCUGGUGGACCUGGAGGCCGAGGUAGAGGAGCUCCGUGAGGAGAGGGAGCGAGUGAUGUUGGAGAAAGAGAGCAAUGCCAAAGCUCUGCGUGAGACCAGAGGGAAGCUCAGUAAGCUGUACAGUGAGGUGUUCUCGCAGCUGAGGGACGAGCAUGGCAAUCCUUACAGCACCAAAGAAUACACACUGCAGUACAGCACUGAUGGACGGUUCUUUAUACUCCCACGCAGCCCACAUGCAAGUAAACACACAUGAAUUGGAAUGUGCCAGUGGAUCCCUGAAAAAAAUAUGAAGACAUUUAAUAUUGAGACUGCCAAUAGUGAGCCGUUAUCUGUAUUAUUUGUAUUAUUGUCGCUGGGUAGAGGCAUAAAGCAUUCCUCAAUUGGUAAAAUCCAUCAAGCUUUACCACAAUGACAAUGAAAUGCCAGAAGUAAAAUCUACCCAGGUAGCAAAAUUCCUUGAAUUGUAUCAGUCCAGCUUUGAUUGAUUUGUGGCCUGGCUUGUCUUAGAUCCAGACAGAGUGCUGCAUGUGCCAACACCCUGGUUGCCGAGUAUAAUAUGGUAAUAGGCUAGAGCACCAUGUGUACAAUCUGGGCAGAAAAGGUACAAUAGCACUUUUGACUUUUCCAUUGUGGAUACUCAAGCACUUAACGAAUGUUUGUUCUCCUAAAACUACUUUGUGAGUUCAGACCAUACUUUCUUUAGGAUGCAGGAUUUUUACCAGGGGUUCUGCUUUGAGCUAGACUGCUGGAGGCCACUUUAAUAAACUGAGGUCCUCAGUCCUUAGAGGUAGAACUGAGAUAGGAAGGAGAUUCUUUGAGAAUGGUGGUGGUGGGUUGCACAAGCUGGGACAAGAGAGAGGUAGUGAUGGAAUUGUAUAGUUAGAUUGCAAAUAAAGCCAUAAAAUGAGCUUCAUGCAGGGUUUCUAAAAAUCUUAAUUUAAAUGCACUUUUUUAUGGUCUUAAAAUGCCACUUUAAAUAGAAUUAUAGUUUUAUUUCCUUGUAUUGCAUUUCACAGUAUCCAAAUGCUUACUGAUUAAACUAGAGACUGAACUAACCAGAACCGACAACUUUAUAUAUGUCUCUGAGGGGAGCUAUUUUCAGGUACAUUCAUUAAUUGCUUUUAGCUGCUGUAGUGUAGUCGAUCAGGCGAUUUCCAUAACAUAUGAUACAACAUAAGUGAAAACAUAUUAGCUGUCACUUGUCCCACACAGGCCGCAAUAAUGAGGACAACACAGAUACAGAUAGUCAAGAGCAUGCCUGCAGUGAAGGACAUUUUCAUAAUUGACCAGCUCCUUGUUUCUAUACCCAUUAUCCACCUUCAGCUCCUGUUCUUUAAUGGUCAGGACCACCAAAGAGAAUAGCUGCUUUGGGUGGUGGGUCAUUCUCAGCACUGUAGUGAUAUUGGCAUAGUGGGAGUGUUUUAGUAUGUGAAUGCACAGUGAUGAAAACUGAGGUGUUUAAGAACUCCAGCAGCACUGCUGUGCCUGAUCUUCUCGUACCAGCACAACAAACAGUGUAACACAAAAACACCAUUGCAGUAUCACUGCAGUGCUGAGAAAUAACCCAAAUAAUAGCUACUCUUAGCGAUCUAUUGAUAUAUUACGAUUUAUCCAGUCAAUUGCACAUCGUGCUGUUUGAUUUACAGGGAUUUAUUGGUAUCGUGAGGAUGCAAAAAAAUUGGGUGUAACGUGAAAUAACCAAUCAGCAUGAAACUUGUCAGUACCUUUAAGACCCAGGUGCGCUUUGACUUUGGCACGUUGAUAUCCUAACAGCGCAACACUUUUGUGCGUUUCAGCAGAGGAAAUUGACCUGCGCAUUCAUGCUGUAAGGGUAUGUAAGCAGAUAUUUUAAGGGAACAGUAAGGUUAUUGUAUUCUUUAUUCUGUUUAUUGUUAAUGUAAAUGCCUUGCACAGGGUGUACGAUAGGUCCAAAUGUGUCCUAUAUGAUCAGUAGAGCUGAUAGUAGAAAAUUGAUUAUGGGUGUAGAAACAAGUCAUAAUGUUAUGCUUGAUUGGUGUAUAAUUAAGUAGACUUGAAGCGUAUAUCUAUCUGUGUGUGAGAAAUUAUUCACACACAUAAUUGAACACAAUAAAACACAAUAAGCACUCUCCCUCUCUGUACACACAGUGCACCAACUUCUAUGAACACACCCACCUAAAUACACAGAGAAAAAGCACUUUACAGCAACGCAUAUCACAACACCACAUAGUAGCCAAGGGUGUGGACUGGUGUGGGACAGAGCCAGAAAGGGGGAGUCAGAGGGAGUGGCAGUACAUCGGCUGAUUUAACACACCUUUCCCACUGCCCCACACUGUCCAAUGUGUCUUAGCAAAUAGUGUGCCCAUCUUUUGCCCUUCCAGCACCAAAAGGUGCCCUUUUCAGUAUAAAUACCCAGUAUGAGACCCAAUGCUAAAUAGGUUUCUACUACAAGAAAGAGAAUGUGAUGAAGGGCCAGGUUAGAUGCUCUGUGAACAAAGAAAAACAUCCAACUCAAAACUUGGAGGAUGCUUAAAUGGUUCUAGACUUUAAAGGGUUUCUCGCACUAGUGGAAAAUCAUCUGUAGAUGGUUCCACACCUUUAAAAUGUUUCUAUGUAGGAUCAAAUUGGUUACACUAUUGUUACAAAUUCAAGAAAACAUUUUCUACAAAUCAUUUAGCUUGAAGUGUAAGUUGAAAAAUCAAAGUGGGGCAAAAUCUUUAUUCUAUGAUGUUUAUUACAGUAUAUCACUUCUAAUUAAAGGUGUCCUAAAAUGGAACAUAAUAUUUAUAUUGGCAUAGAGUUUAGAACAUGGAACUGUCAAACCAUUAACCUCAAAUGCUGUUAUGAAUAUCUGACAUGACUAAAACUGCCCAGGUGGAAAAUGGGCCAAUUCCAAAGCCCUGAUAGCCCUAGUCAAAGUUAGUGUUGCUGUAAAGUACAAUGUCCACUUUUUGGAAAAUAUGGUAAAUAUGCCUAGUAAAUAUGUAAGUUACUACAGUAAUUUAAUUAAAAGUCAUAGAUAAUAUUUAAUAAAUUCACACAUUAAAAUACAAGUACAUAUUUGAAUUUUUAAGUUCUUGCAACAUAAAUACAAGUGCAUAUUGUAUUUUAUGUGUUCUCAAAUAAAAAAAUACAGUACAGAUUUUAUUUAACAAAUUUAGUUCAACAAGCUCUUUACUACAUAGUGGACUUCAUCAUUCUGAACAUGCGGGGAUUAUGUUGGAGUAUGAGCAAGUUAAACAACAGCUAUUUUUAAUGGUAGCUAUAUAGUAACUACUUCAUGCUUUUGGCAUAGAUUCACUGCAGAAGCUUCUUGGGAUUCUAGAGAACAUUCAUAGCACUGCCAGAUUCAACUAUCAAAUCAAAUCAGAUCAAUUAUUAAAGUUACAAUAUACGUAUGCUGAUUAUAUGUUUGCUGUCGCGGUGCCUUGUUGCAAACUAGCCAAUCAGAGCAGAGCAUGUCAAGAUGUUUAUAAGAUUACCAUAACAGGAAAUUAUGGUUUCAUUCUAAAGCCAAAUAAUAAGGUUGUAAAUAGGCUUGUAUAGUGACUGUCUCCAAGUAUCUGUUCAUUUUUGGCCUCUAACAAGUUACAUACCACUUGUAUAGACACAAAUUUUAUACUUUUAAAAUAUGAAACAAUGCAUUUUAUGGCACUUUUAAGUUUCUCUGGUUGAUCUUGCAACAAUCUUAUGAAUGUUGUACUUGCCGAGUAUUUUUUCCCUACUUGCCGAGUAUUUUCAGUGAUAUUUAAUAAUCAUAUUCUUUAAAUUGUAUGAGAAUGUAUUAGAAAUAUUUCUGAAUCUUUUUGUAUGCCUUUUUGACUUUUCAACAUGCAUUUGUCAUUUAACAGUACAAUCACAAAAUUACAGCUGGUAUGUAUCUGUAUAUUGUGUGCUUACAAUUUUAAUAUAAUAAACACUGGGAAUGAUAAAUUGUGUUGGGAUUUUUUAGGGUCUGAGAUAGGUCUGCUGGAACAGCGAAUGGUCUCCAGCCCUGCUACUUGAGACCUUCUUCCUGUAGACUUUGGAGCCAACCUUAAUGCACACCACCUGAUAUAGCUAAUCACUGCUAUCAGAAGCCAUUGAUUAGCAGGGUGUGUUUGCUUUGGGUUGAAGUUGAAAUCUACAGGACCAUAGCUCUUAAGGAUAAGGGAUGGAGACCAAAGGGUUCAUGUUUAAAAAUAAUGUUAAAUAUGAAGGAAAUUUAUCCUAAUUUUACAACAUUUGAGUGAGGUUAAUGUCCACAGUGCUGCAUGAUAAUGUAAAAUGAGCAAUUAAAUAACAAUUUAUAUUUUCUUAAGCUUUUGAAGAUGCUUUGUUUUAUAAUAUUGGGAUGAUUUCACUUAGUAUUUCUCAUAUUGUCUCCAUACAUAGCCUAAAGUAAAGCUUAAUCUGUACUCCCUGUCAUAAUAAAAAUAAUUUCACAAAAUCUAAAUGUAUAUUUGAAAUUGAACAAGGUCACCAAGAGCAGUUUAAAAAGUUUGAAACUGUAGGUUAACCAUGUUUCCAUAAAACCCAUAUUUUUGCUAAAAUUGUCCAACUUGUUCUAUGUGCAGCUUGCCAUUACAGGGGGGACACAUGCAUG